CUUUCGAUGCAGGUCGUAUGGCGCAUGCGCACACACGGUCGAGUGGACGUUAACCCAAAGCUCUCCUGCUUUUCUCUUUUAAUCGCUUUAAGAGUAAGAUAAACGUUCUAGCUGCUUCUGUAUUGUUCCAACUACGUACGGCGGAGGUCUGAGGGGUCCUGCAUGAACCUCGGACCCUCGGAAGGGCUUCCUGUGUGAGGAUCAGAGGAGGGGAAUCAUCCGCUACUCUGUUAGGAUUUGUCAUCCCUGGUGCGUCUGGAGCUCAAGUAAAGUGAAGCUCGACACGUCCCACAGAGCGACGGCUCAGGGUGACAGGUUAGGCUGACAGGUGGGUCGUGGAAGGUGUAGGGACCAGUGAGCGUGAUGGGCAACAGCGCGAUCAAGGCCCACCUGGAGACAUCCCAGAAGACCGGGGUCUUCCAGCUGACCGGGAAAGGACUGCAAGAGUUUCCUGAGGAGCUACAGCGGCUGACGGCUAACCUGCGCACCGUGGAUGUUUCUCACAACAAGAUCGAGGUGCUCCCGGCCUCCAUCGGGAACUUCCUCCAGAUGAAGAGUCUCACGCUCAACUCCAACAAACUCACCAGCCUGCCAGGUGAGCUCAGCAAGUUGAGGAAGCUGGAGACCCUGAGUGUGAGCGGGAACCAGAUCACAGGCCUCCCGUCCUCCCUGGGCCAGCUCCGGGCCCUGCGCACCCUCAACCUGUCCGGGAACCAGAUCCGAGAGUUCCCACCCGGCCUGGGGACCCUGCGCAUGUUGGACCUGCUGGACCUCUCCAAGAACCACAUCCGGGUGGUCCCCGUGGAGGUCUCCACCCUGCAGGCCAUCGAGAUCAACCUCAACCAGAACCAGAUCUCGGAGGUGAGUGCUGAGGUGGGCCGCUCCCCGCGCCUCAAGGUGCUGCGCCUGGAGGAGAACUGCCUGGAGCUCUCCUCCAUCCCCGUCGCCAUCCUCAGCCAAUCACAGGUCUCCCUGCUCUCGCUGGAGGGGAACCUCUUCCAGGUCAAGAGGAUGAGGGAGCUGGAGGGAUACGAGCAGUACAUGGAGCGCUUCACAGCCACCAAGAAGAAGUUCUCCUGAGAGGUCAGGAGGACGUCCGACCUCUGACCCCUACCAGCUGCCCGCGCUUCAAAUCAAACUUUAUUCAUAAAGACUCAGGCUACAGAGACCAGCAAGAUACCCCCGCCAAGACGACACCUGGACACCGCGAAAACACACUAUACACACACACACACACACACACACACACACACACACACACACACACACACACACACACACACACACACACACACACACACAGACCACACACACACACACACACACACACACACACACACACACACUCAGCAGUCCGUUUAACCGUGGGUAACGAGGUAUUAACUAUGAUCUCAGAGAUGUUAUAUUCCUUUGUUCCUUUCCUUUAUGAUUUUAACCUCACUUUAAACCCAGAGUUUCAGCCAAGUUGUACUGGGAAUGUUCUGCAAAUGUGAGGCCGUCCAGCUAAAGCUAAUGCUAACAGAGUAUUGAUGGGAGCGGUCGGUUGGCACACCUCACUGAAAUAUGCAUUUGGGAACACAUUAAUCACACUGUGAAACAGGUUAUUGAACUAAUCAUACGUUUCAUUGAAGGAGUUUUGCUUCCUAAUGUUUUCCAACACCUCUUUUCCCAGUUUAACAGAACACUACUAGUCUGACCGCGUGUAUAACUUGUAAAUUAUGGAUGCCUCAAAACGGAAAGUGUUAUUUAAAAGCUGUUGCAUUGUAAUAUAUCCAUUAAUAAAAUCACGAAUGACUAGAACCUCCA